AUGGCAAAGCCAAUGGUAAGUCGUAUUGACCAUUCAUGCUUGUGUGGAUACUCUUUAUCAAUAAAGUUACAUAUUGAACAGGCUUUGGGACCCACAUGUUUACUGCAUUGAGCUUUGUGUUGCUGGGUAAAUUAACUGAAAUGGUCAGGUACUUGAGUCUUGAUUGUGUUUUGACAACAUGGUUAAAUAAAGGUUAAAUAAAAAAAAUACAAUAAAAUAUUGUUAUGUGCAUCAUAUACAAUAUUAGUGGGACAUAAACUGUAAAUUGUGAUGAUCAAAAGCCAGAGAUAAAUUAUUGAAUAACAUAAUGCAAACCAAACAUGACAAAUUAAAAGACAAUCCCUUUGACCUUAUGUUCGAAGAUAGUCAACCAUGUGCUUCUUAACAGGAACUUGAGCUGAAGAAUGUGAAGCUGAGAGCUGGAGACCAGUUCAAAGUGGAGGGGAGGAUUCUGCAUGAGGCACAGGGGUACGUAUAUUUAACUGGUUUGGUUUGAAAUCACACCCAGAGACCCAUCAGAUUAAUUUAUAAGAAUAAUUGAUCAACAAACCACCAGUUCCACAAAUGUUCAAUCAAAAGAAUGGAGAAGUGUUGGUAUACUGUAUAUGUGGUAUACUGUAUAUGGUAUACUGUAUGUGUGGUAUACUGUAUAUGUGGUAUACUGUAUAUGUGGUAUACUGUAUGUGUGGUGUACUGUAUGUGGUGUACUGUAUGUGUGGUAUACUGUAUGUGUGAAACCAAUUCAUGUUAGAGAACUGCAGACAUGUAGUGGGGUUUCUGGAAUGAUGUGUCUUGUGACUUCCUAUUAAACAUGUCCAGAGGUGAGUUCAAGAAGGGUUCUGUUUGCGGCGAACAUGUUACUUAGUAACAAUUUAAAGUUGAACGAUUUGAAUGAACAUUCCAAAAUGUUACAGCAAAACAACAAACAGCUAAGAUGACUGUAAUCAUACUCCAAAUUACUUUAUAUUCCUACAACAUGCAAUAGAAAGCCUACGUGGACACAUUAUUAUUUGUAUCGGCAGUUUAGACCCGGAACAGACACUUACGUUCGCCGUACACUACCUCCUCGGACUGUUUCCUAACGUUUAGCGAAUGUUUGCGGCUAGCACAAAAACAAAUAUGAUAGCGAAUUGUUUCCCUUGUUGACCGAACCUCAGGUUCCAGAUAGACCUGGGCUUUGAUGAAGAGAACCUGGCGCUGCACUUCAACCCACGUUUUCAUGAUGCCGCUGACGGCGCCGUGCUUGUGUGCAACUCAAAGAUUGACGGCUGCUGGGGUCAUGAGGAGAGAGAGAAACACAGCUCCCUCCAAAGGGGUUCUACUGUCAAGGUGUGACAAUUGUUGGGAUGGGAAGAUGGUCCUGACUGGACCAAGGAGGAUGUUAGUCAGGAUAUACACAAAUGUUUUAAAUAAAUGAAAAUAUAAUAUUUGAGGUUAUAAAAAAAACGGAGUUUGGCAACGAUUCGGAUGAACUCGUGGAUAGCAUUUUUAUGUCUCUGUGUCCAGCAGGACGGAAGUUACAGGUAGUUUCGCCAGCCAAUGCUAACUUGUGUUAGCGCUAGCUUAGCGCAAAGACUGGAAGUAUGCUAGCUGUACCCGAGGACUAGCAGUCUUUUUGCUAAUUUAAUUACCUCUCACGUCAUACUGGACGAUUCACUACCUCUAACCUCAUACUGGACACAGAGACAUACAAACAAUAUCCACGAGUUCACCUGACUCUGGGGGGGGGGGGGGGGGUAGAUAAAGGGCUUUAUUGUCUAAAUCCUGAACUAUCCCUUUAAGAUUGUAGUUAGUUAUGAGUUUCUGUGAUACUGACCGCAUUAUCGAGCAUGAACUGCAGUACAUACUUUUAAUACGAGAUGAAUGGAUAAUCUUGGGCAUAGAAUAGAGUAAUGUAGUAAGGAAACCAUGUAUUGUAUAUUUUCUUAAAUUCCAUUCCUUACUAGUUUUUGUGUGUAUUGGGUAUAUGUUGUGAAAUUGUUAGAUAUUACUUGUUAGAUAUCACUGCACUGUCGGAGCUAGAAGCACAAGCAUUUCGCUACACCUGCUAUAACAUCUGCUAAAACACGUGUACGUGACAAAUAAAAAUUAGAUUUGAUUUGAUUUGAUGUGGAUAUAAGAGUGGAUAAAUGUGUUAUAAUGGGUUUCUUCUCUCUCAAGAUUCUCCUGAAGCUGACAGGAGAUAUGUUUGAAGUGGAGAUGCCUAACGGACAUGAGAUCCAGUUCCCCAACCGUCACAGCCUAGACGUCAUUACCUACGUUCGUAUCCGAGGGGACUUAAAGCUCACCUCCUUUAAGAUCUACUAAAGAGACCCCAUAAUAUCCACCUCGUGUAGCCUGGCAACAAGGGCACAGACAAUUUUGUUAAGUUUGCCUUUCCGACUUCCGGUGCAGUCCGGCCCAAUGACGCGCAAGCAAGUGGGUGGGGCUACAUAUGGUGUGUAGAGUUAGAC